CUUGCUUGGGUCCUAGCAACUGGGUCUGACCUUGGGGCUAAGAGGGGAGGAGACCCCACCAGUAGGGAGAGUGUGAGGGGAGAAGGAGAGCCUACAGGGCAGGUUCUCUGAAGAGUCUUAGUCAGUGAGGAAGUGUAUCUUAGAGGCGAUGGACCGGAAGACAGUGUGACUGGGAAGAGGGAGGGCCAGGGAAGCGCCCAGGCCCGGAAGGCGAAAAGGCUCCCUUCUCCCCCAGACACCAACGACCGCUGGUCUGUGCCUCUCCCAUCCCGGCGCCCCCUGAACCACCGGUCACCAUGGCUACCUCCAAGUGCCCCGGGGAGGAGGAGACCACCAUCCUCAUGGCCAAAGAAGAGCUGGAGGCCCUGCGCACCGCCUUCGAGUCGGGCGACAUCCCUCAGGCCGCCUCCCGCCUCCGGGAGCUGCUGGCCACCUCGGAGAGCACCCGCCUGGAGGUGGGUGUCACCGGCGAGUCGGGCGCCGGCAAGUCGUCCCUCAUCAACGCCCUCCGCGGCCUGGGGGCCGAGGACCCCGGCGCAGCGCUCACCGGCGUCGUGGAGACCACGAUGCAGCCCUCCUCCUACCCGCACCCGCAGUUUCCCGACGUGACCCUGUGGGACCUGCCCGGGGCCGGCUGUCCCGGCUGCCCCGCGGACAAGUACCUGAAGCAGGUGGACUUCGGCCGCUACGACUUCUUCCUGCUGGUCUCCCCCCGCCGCUGCGGGGCCGUGGAGACCCGCCUGGCCUCCGAGAUCCUGCGCCAGGGCAAGAAGUUCUACUUCGUGCGCACCAAGGUGGACGAGGACCUGGCGGCCACCCGCAGCCAGCGGCCCUCGGGCUUCAGCGAGGCCAUGGUCCUCCAGGAGAUCCGCGAGCACUGCGCCGAGCGGCUGCGCGUGGCGGGGGUGACCGACCCCCGCAUCUUCCUCGUGUCCAACCUCUGGCCGGUCCGCUACGACUUCCCGCUGCUCCUGUCCACCUGGGAGCACGACCUGCCCGCCCACCGGCGCCACGCGGGCCUGCUGUCGCUGCCCGACAUCUCGCUGGAGGCGCUGCAGCGGAAGAAGGACAUGCUCCAGGAGCAGGUGCUCAAGACGGCCCUGGUGUCGGGCGUCAUCCAGGCCCUGCCCGUGCCGGGGCUGGCGGCCGCCUACGACGACGCCCUGCUCAUCCGCUCGCUGCGCGGCUACCACCGCAGCUUCGGCCUGGACGAAGACUCGCUGGCCAAGCUGGCCGAGCAGGUGGGCAAACAGGCGGGCGACCUGCGCUCGGUCAUCCGCUCCCCGCUGGCCAACGAGGUCUCCCCCGAGACCGUCCUGCGGCUCUACUCGCAGUCGUCGGACGGCGCCAUGCGGGUGGCCCGGGCCUUCGAGAGGGGCAUCCCUGUGUUCGGGACGCUGGUGGCCGGCGGCAUCAGCUUCGGCACCGUCUACACCAUGCUCCAGGGCUGCCUCAACGAGAUGGCCGAGGACGCCCAGCGGGUGCGCAUCAAGGCCCUGGAGGAGGAGGAGGCGUCCCAGCCCGAGGUCAGCUUGGAGGCGGCUGGCGACGGCGGCGUGGAGAAGUGUGGGGCCGGGGAGGGAGGCGGCGAGGAAGCCCCGCUGUCCACCCGCCGGAAGCUGGGCCUCCUCCUCAAGUACAUCCUGGACAGCUGGAAGAGGCGUGACUUGGAAGAGAAGUGAAAGCGCAGCCCCCGACCCCCUGCCUCGCCCACAAACCAAACCUUAACAAAGCCAACCAACCAAA